CUUGCUUCUGCGCCUCUGCCUCUCGCUAGCCCUCCGUCUCUUCGCUCCCUACGCUCCAAUUACCACGCCGGCCCUCGCUCGACCGUGACCCCUGCAGAGUCCCCCUUCUUCCGCUCUCUGUAAAUACCGCAAUCCGCGGUCUUGUUCGAAAUUCCCCAUAACCCUCAUGGCUCCUCCCCGCCAGCGUCCCGUGUCCACGACUGCUACCUCGGCUGGUGCUGGUGCUGUCUCUGCUGGUGCAUCUGCUGCUCCUACCUCUGCUGCUGCCGCCGCCGAUGCUGUCCCAGACGACUCGCGGUCAGAAGCGUCCAGCACGCGCGAGCGCCAGGGCACCACCAAGGGCCGCAAAUCCGCAGCAGCCACCACCUCUGCUCCCAGCACGGGCUCGAAUGCAACGUUGAAAGAAGGCAAGGCCCCUGCUGCAGAUCAACGCAUGGACGAGAGUGGCACCGUCGAGUCCCAGGUCUCUAUAAACUGGAGCACCAUGCCCUUGUCCGUACUCCACGAAUACCGCUACGCAUAUAACCUUCCCUGUCCCAGCGCGUUCUCCUCACAGAUAAACUCCAUCCUCCUCUCACAGGGGCCCGGCCUGGGUUCUGCAACAGCCAUUUCCAUCAGACGCAAACAGUUGCUGCAGCAGUUACAGUCUGACCGGCAACAACACGAUGACAGCAUGCAGAUCGAUACUGACACGGACGUCAAAUCGAGACAGGAAGCUUCUAAUAAUACGGGACGGCAGGACAAGGUGCUUCAUCGUCUCUCGACUCCAGCACAGGGACGAGUGUCGAAGGCCCAGCUUGCCUCUGCUGUGCGGAAACACUUCAACAACACGGCUAUUUCGGAGCAGGAUGCCAUUGCUCGGUUUCUGUAUAAAGUCAACGAGGAGAGGAGGGGAAAGGAGUUCCGGCUCCGGUUCCAGCCUUAUAGUGUAGUGGCAGACUUUGACAAUUGCCCUGAUUCAUUUGAAAUUUCUGGGUAG